AUGAAAGUUCCUUCACUACCUCGAUGUCUAAGCAUCGUCGCCACCAUCGCUGCCAUCACAGGCAGUGCCAGCGCGACUACUGGCAAUGGUGGAAACCCGCUGGCCACACAAGAUCAGCGAGAACUGGAUGCUCUAGCAAUUGAGAUCAAUGAAGACAACGGCUUCGUGGUCUUAAAGGCGGAAGCCAAAGCGGCAUACAAAACAGCCCAUGGAUCUCCUCUGAGCGACGAAGCUUCCUCAAGCCUCGAUGCAGCCAUUGACGAAUUGGCAUUCAGCGCCAUUCAAAAGGCCGUCAACACAGAUGUGUACCAUCCCAAGGUCUACUGGUAUGAUUCUGCUCCACGGAAUUGGUUCGGUCUUGACGUUCCUGGUGGCCGAUAUUCCUACGAUAACCCAGACUGUAUCUACCGCACCAUUCCAAUCAGCAGUAGUCUCAGUUAUAUUGUGACAGGCUACCGUCAUACACCGGGACCGGCGGACGUGACCUUCUCGCUCAUUAGCGACCCGAACUCCCAAAAUACCGUGGCAAGCCUCGCUGGAAGCGACCUGGUGGUCAACGGCGAUGGCUCAUAUACCAUCACAAUCAAUAGCUCGUCUGUUGACGGCACAGCGAAUCAUAUUCAAUCUACGUCCUCUGCCAAACAACUCUUGAUCCGUAACAAUCUUGGAGAUUGGGUCACCGAGAAGCCAGACAGCCUCUCCGUUACCCUUGUCGACGAUAACUCAAGUCACGCCAACAUCACCACUGCAGCCAUCGUUUUGUCAGCAUGGGGUAACCUACAAGAGUCCGUUGUAGACUACGGGGUAGGCGCGCUUGGCCUCAAGACAUAUAUCAACCCGGUCAACACGUUCUCAACCCCCAGUCAGUCAAGUACCCUCGGCACACUGACCAGCCAGGCGAGCUCAUUCGGCCAUUUCAAUCUGAGCACCGACGAGGCCCUGGUUGCUACGCUGACCACAGGCCCGUCAAGUUACUUCGUCUUCCCGGUGACAAAUCCCUGGUCAAUAACCCUUGAUCCGGGGACCAGCCAAGACAGUCUCAAUAACGUGCAGGCUGUCGCAAACGCUAAUGGAACGUACACUUUCGUCGUAGCUUUGACGGAUCCCGGUGUCUACAACUGGGUCAAUACUACCGGGCUCCAUGAGGGUACGAUCAUGGUGCGAUGGCAGGGUCUGCCCACUUCUUCGUCAACCAACACUGUCACUAUUGACUCCCAGGUGGUCCCGCUCGCUGAGCUCGCUUCUGUUCUGCCUAUUGGAACGCGCUAUGUUACUUCGAAAGAGCGCGCAUCGCAACUUUCCCAACGUACUGCUGGAUUUUCGCAGCGGAUAGAGACAUAG